GUUUUAGAAAUGGAACUUUCCCUAUGUUAUGGUUCAGCAUGAUUUCCACUAUCUGCAAGAUUAUGAUGGCCGUAUGUGUUAGUCACUAAGGGUGGCCUGUGUGGGUGGUCUUGAGUCCCAGAAUUGAUGAUGAUUCCAAGAUAAAGAUGUAUGAGGACGGAUAUGUGGACAUCAGCCAAUUAUUGGAGAACGACGAACCUGAGCAUGCCACCUGUGGAGCACCACCACCAGCAAAACAGCUGUCCUAUUCCACCGGGAAAUUCAAAAAUGGAGCCAUCGGUCUGUGCAACGUUGGUGUAAAAAGCUGCCUCAAUUCUCUGCUGCAGACUCUCUAUAUGAAUCCAGAUUUCUCCGAUAUACUGUGCGGGAUAGGGGAGCCAAAUGAUAAUGUGCCCCUCGAGAGGAGAUUCCCCUGUGAGCUACUCGCCCUGUUUGAGGAAAUGCAGAAUAGCAAGGAAGAUGCUGUGGCCCCAUACAGGAUACUGAGCUGUCUGAGGGAAGCCAACAUGAGAUUAGUUAGUCUGUAUGAUGUAUCGGAACUCUUCUGCAAACUCUGGAACCUACUUCUCCAACAGAUGCCUCAUCCACAUUUGGAAGAAAAGCUGAGGACUUUAUACACUGUCCGACUUGAAGAAUCUUUGAAAUGUUUAAGCUGUUCUCAUCAGAGGUCCAAUGAGGUGAAUGUGUUAAAUAUCUUGUUGCAAAUUACCCACUCCAAGCAUCACAGGAACCUAACCCUGGAAUAUUGUCUCAGAAGAUACUUUAAACCCAGGGAGGUCAUUGGAGAAAGCGACAGUAUCUGUACAAAAUGUGGAGAGAACAAAAAAACAGUCAAGGGUUUACGGUUGUUCUCUCUGCCCCGUACUCUAACCAUACAUCUGAAACGUCUGAACCAAAGAAAAUCCUCUCUGAAAACCAAUAGAACUUUGUCCUUCCCAGAGCUUUUGGACUUGAGCGAAAUUCUGGAUCCAGAAUAUUUACCUGAACAAGAAUACAAACAGGGCCAAUAUAUUUAUGGUCUGUUUGCUGUAGUAGCACAUUCAGGAACAACAAGUUCUGGGCAUUUCUGCACCUACAUCAAUAGCUCAAAGGAUCACAAGUGGUAUUGUUUCAACGAUUCGUGUGUGUGCAAGGUGUCCUGGGAUGAUGUGAAAUGUGCAUAUGGAAAUACUUCAUUCCAUUGGGGUGUAACAGCCUGUCUCUUGAUCUAUGUGCAAACAGAUGGGAAAUAGAGCUUCUGUUAUGAAGAAUAGUGCCAUAUUAUCCUAAACAUUUCAAAGCUGCUUGAUGCCUCAUACAUCAGACAUUCAGUCAUGCCUGAUGGUACUUAAAUAUGCAUCUAAACUGUGCUAAGAUUAUCCGAAUGUUUUAAUUCCACCUCACAGAAGUCCAACAAAGUAUAUCCAUGGUGCUAAUAGCUUGAUGUGCACGGAAUAUAGUUUUCUGCUUUGUAGAUUCAACAAACAAACCUGGUCUCUUAGCAGUUUGAAUUCCAAGCAUUUCAGGCAACUUACUGCACUUUACCUCAUUUCCCAUGGGUACAUGUGAAUUUUGUGAAAUUAGUUUGCAUAUUUUUCUGCUUUUUUAAUACUAAGAUGGCAUUCUUGCAGAAUUACCGAAUUUGAAAUUAGCGGAAAAACUAUCACAAGCUGAAUGGCACAGUCUAACCACAGCAGGUAAUUGCAGUGGUUAUGGUGCAAGCAUAUUUGGUUGCAGUCCAUACAGUUAUUGUCAAACUGUUUUUGAGUGGUUUGACUAAAAAAAAACCAAAAAAAACAAUGCUCUUGCAAAUUCAAGCCCUCUGCUGCAGCCAAGAUAAUGCAGAUGUGUCACAUGCUCCACCCAUUGUUCUCUGACAAUCUUUGUCGCCCAAGGUUUUACAGCUUUGGACAUAUAAUUCAGAAGUGUGUCUUCUGCAUUAUACAACCAGCUGCAGAUUGAACCAGCUUUUGGUAGUGGAGAGAGACUGUUUUUUAACCAAAACUCUGCAAAAUGUUUUGUUUUUGAACCAGGGUAUAGCACCCAUUGCAUAUCUCAAAAUUAGUCUUGUUUUUUAUGGUGCAUUGCAUAAAGUGUCAUUUUAUUUAAAAAUCAGAUUAAAGUCAAUGUUUUGUCCAAGCAAUUUCUCUAUGCUUUUGUUAAUACCACUUUUCUCUUGUAUGACGGCAUCAUCAUAAGAGGUUAAAAUUCUAGUAAAGUGUUUUUCAGUACAACAUAUUUAUUCCACGAAACAUGUCCCUCACAGGAGCCACAAUUUUCAUCUGGCUGGUCCUCUUCUGUUCCUGGCUCUUGCGCAAGAGUACAGCAUUGAGGUCUAUGCAAGACCAUCUAUAGAUACAGUUAUUAUCUCUGCAGCGGUUGAGUGAUUGACACUGCUUGACAGCUGUAGCUCAUCCCAGUGUCUAGAAGUGUCAGACAUAGGAAAAUACAGAGACAAAGUAGUCCUCUUUUGACUGGGUUGGAAUUUCAGUGGGGGAGGGUGGGAGACCGUGCCGCUUUAAUAGUUUACUGCAUAUAUUUCCUAAUUGAUAGUGACAUGAUGAAUUAAACCAAGAAAUCAUAUGAAUAGCUGUGUUUGCUAGUUCUGAAAAAUACCCUCUUCCAAUUGUGUUUGGUAGGAAAAAAAUAAUGUAAUUAACUGACUCUGCUAUAAAAUAAAAAAGAGGU